AUGAAAUCACAAACAAUAGAACUGAAACCAACGUCACUUCCUGUUGACGUCAUAGCUGAUAUUGACCCCGUGACUAAAUACGUACUACUUGUGCUCUACGUCAUCGUUAUAAGUUUAUCUGUAUUUGGUAAUUCGCUAGUGUUCUUGACGUUUUUGUUCAACCGACACAUGCGUUCAGUAGUUAAUAUAUUCAUUGUGUCGCUGGCUUUCAGUGAUUUUUUUGUCACUGUAACAUGUAUGCCUGUAAAUCUCGGUGGCAUUUUAACAAAAUAUUGGAUAUUUGGUGCCAUUUCGUGUAAAAUAGUUCCCUUUAUUGACAAUCUGACCGUCGCCUCGAGUUCUCUUACUCUAUGCUGCAUAGCUUUUGACAGGUACAAUGCCAUAGUCCAUCCAUUAGAAGCCAAUGCGGUGAAAUCUCCAAAACGGGCUGGAUUACUUCUCGUUAUAGUGUGGGUUAUUUCCCUUGGUUCAAGUAUUCCGUAUGCAUUCUGUUUUCAGCUUUAUGAAGUGUGUUUAAAUCCCAACGGCUGUGCAAGAAAUUCCAAUAGAACGUACACCACUGCUCAUUUCUGUAAGGGUUAUAACACUUACCGCACCGACCAGCUUCAGAUCUGGCUAACUCUUGUGGUCUUAUUUAUUAUUCCCUUUGUGUUUAUGACGGUGACUUACAGUGUUAUAUGUUAUACAUUAUGGUCUAAACGGCCAAUCGGAACGUCUGUUUUACGCAGUGAGGAUAUUCAAACACGGUAUAAAAAGAAAGCCAUUAAAAUGCUGAUAUUGGUUGUGAUAUUAUUUGUGAGUUGUUGGGCUCCACUGAUUAUAUACGAGGUGAUAGCCAAACAACGGAACAUUUUAGCAUCAGAUAAAUCGCUCACCCUCAGAUAUUACUUACAAUGGUUAGCCUUAAGUGGUGCCUGUCUUAACCCUAUUGUCUUCGCUUUCAUGAAUGAACGGUUUCGGAAGAAUUUCCGGAUUAUAUUAUGUUGUAGGAGAAAUCAAGUUGUACCAGUGUCAAUUAGAAAUACACAACCAAUCGUUGUGACGAGCGAGAAUGGUCAGAAACAGAAAGAUACGUCCAUUUCUUGGUCUCAAGAAAAACCAAUUUCUACUAGUAGAGUUUAA